AUGGAAGCGGAUGAGUACUUUACCACAUACGAUGCGCUCAAAGAUGUAAGUGACACUGUUCCCUUAUCGCCCGCUUAUCAUCCGCCCGCUGCCACACUGGCUUAUCACUUUUUGAAUCUGUGAUGAGCGACGAAAAAUUUAGCAGAGUAGAAACUAUAAAUUUCCAAAAUGUACUCGGCCGCGGUUAGACGAUUGAAGUUCAAGGUUAGAAAACAUUGAAAAGACGAGUGUCGAAAUGACAGAAUUGUUCAAAAUGGAAUUCGAUUUCAGCAGCAGAAAAAGGAGCACGCCGUGCGACGGCAGCUGCCACUCAAAACGAGUGAAAACUGCGGAAUAAUGAAGAUCGUGUGGUCGCAGUUCGAUUUCAUGACAGGACCCGAACUGAAAUUCGUGUGGGAUGUCACUCCGUCCACUUCAAUUUCGCCAGUCAACCUUUCCGGAGAAGAUGGAUCCAUUGCCGACGCGGAAAGUUUGAUGGACUCUUCUGGUUCCAAUCAGUCGGUCUCCUUCGAGGAAAUCGAUGAUCCUCUCAAAGUAAGCAGUUUUAAAAAGCCGGACGUUUUAGGGAUUGUUCGAUUUUCAGACAGAGCUGACCAUUCUGGAAGGAUUGGACGAGAACUUGGUGGAUUCUUUCGCUGAACUGGACUUAAUGCAUGCGGGCGAUUACAAGUACAAAACCAUGAAAUAUCUAGACGAAUAUAUGACGGAAAGCUCGACGACAAGUACGAAAACUUUGACAAUGGACGACUCUCGUUUGAUGGAAAGCCCUGAAAGCAGCGGAAAGUCGUUAAAAGACGAAGGCCUCGACCACUGCUGCAGCGGUAAAUUUCUUGCCGAAGAAGACCGAUUCGGCAGCAGUUUUGGACUCGCGUCGCCUUCUCCGAACGACACCGGAGAUCUCGGAAGGCUGCUCGCGAGUAGGUAUCCUAACGAUGAAGACAGAGAGAUCGCCGAGUAUCUGCGAGAAAAGAUCGCUUCUAACCAAGAGACUGCGGCUGCGGAUUGUGUGGCGCACCUGACCGAGCACUACGAACUCGACAGAUUGUCUCCGAUUAUUCAUGGCGACGACGGUGGGCUAUCACGUUUUUAUAAUAUUGAAGUAUUCAUUUUCUCAGAGCUCCGCCAGUCUUGUGUGGAUUCUGGAGUGGGCGUUUCCACGCACAGCGACUUGUCCGCAUUGUGCCUGAGCCCCCCAAACGAAACGACUUCUCGGAGGUUUGAGGACGCGUUCGGAAUGAUGACGUCGUCUCCAAAUCCGAACACGAGAAGGUUCCGAAGAGAUUCAACGAGCACUCCCCCGCCCAGAGAUAUCUUCGACUUUUUCGAUGAUCAAAUCGACUUUGGAGAAACCUACGUGACCGACGAAGCGUUUGUUGCCAAGUGUGUGCUGGCUGAACUUAUUUGCAAGUAAGAACGUCCCUCUUCUUCGCAAAAAGAAAAACAUUUCGAUUGCAGUACUCCUCACUCAAGAUGUCCCCUCCAGCACAAAAUGAUAGUAUCGCCUCCCGCCAUCUUCUAGUUUCUGCUUCAUUUUUUCGGCUCAGAAUCGCAACGGCUCGACGAUCACCUACGCCAUCUCGUUUCUGAUGUCGAAUCAGAAGCAGGAAUGGUACAUGGAUCGACAUUCUUGGUUCGAAAGAAUUGUCGGCGAUUCUGUGCCCAAGAUGAAAGCCUCUUUGUUUUCGGUUAGAAAUCUUUCAGCCAGCUUUGAAAACGUGAUAUAUUUCAGGAAGACUCCGAUGACGUUCUCGUUCGUGUCACCUCUGAGCUCUCUCGCCUCUUGUCGUUGCUCUCCGCACUAGAACGGUUCGCCCUCGUGUCUCCAGAAAGGCCUCUGAUGAUCAAGAACACACUUUUCACCGAAAAGGGAGCUGCCCUCUCCGAGAACCGGCUUCUCGCCAAGGCCAUCUCCGGAUGUCUCCAAAGUCAAGGACAUACUGUGAUCAUCGGAUCAGAUCACGUUUUGGUUGCCAAAAUGCUGCACACUCUCGCCUUUUUCGUGCCUGAAGCGCAUCAGUGGUGCUGUCUCCGCCCUUAUAGGCACAAAUACAAUCCGUAUUUGAGAUUACAAGCUAUCCGAAGGGUACUUCAAACUUUCCACUUCAAUUUCCAUUAUCUAUGUUCAUUUCCAGGCGGAACUUGAUUCGGUGAUAAAGGGCGGCACGUCGACUCCCUGGCCCGUUUGUAUCAUUGACCUCGACCGGGCGGCCGUUCGCGUGUCUGCUCCGUAUCAAAGACAUCGUGUUUUGCGAGCACGUAACGAGUCGAGAGGCGUCCGGCUGAUUCUAGAGCACGCGGGAGUUAUGACGUCGAAGAACACCACCAUUCCCGAAUUGUUGGUUACCACUUCAUUAGAAUUCUCAGAAAAUAUAACUUUUCAGACAACUCUCACACUCUCGCACUCUCGCCUGUGUCAACACAUUCCUGCGGCAGAUGGACGUGCUCCCAAUGGAAGAAUCUGUUCGAGCCGGCUUCUGUUCCCAAUUGAUGCUAUAUCUCGAUAACUUGGCCGCCGCUUUCAUCACUUUCGUCCGAGACGCCAGCCGUCCGGGGUUCGACGAAAAGGAGUGCGGCACCCGAUCGAAGUCGUUCAGUCUCUCGGAAUGCCGAAAAGCCCUCGACCUCACGAAUGACUCCCUUUUUAACGCGGUACUCGCGAGAGCCGAAUUGCUGCAACCGGACAUAUCCGAGUUCAUCUACAUGUAA